GGAGUUUACUUGAGCCCCGAGAGAGGCUAGACACGUACGCGACAACGAACCUUCUCAAACAAAACAUUGGGGUGGACUGUUCUGAAGAGUUCUCUGUUUUAAGACAACUUCGCUGCUCUUAUGAAAGUGAUUGAUGCGUGUCUGAAUGCAUGAAAUAUUUGAAAAUGCUCCUGGUACACGUUUAGUCAGUAAAAUUUUGGGAAUGAGCAGAAAAAGCACUAGAAGUCGGUAGGGUGUGGUAAUGGUUCCUGGCGUGUGCUUUAGUGCAGCAAGACAGGAAGUGUGACACCCAAUAGCACGAGAUUUCACGCCAACCCAAGCAGACUGUGCUGUGAAAACAUUACCUACACUGUGCACCACUGAUAUUGGUUGACUAUCACAACACCAAAGUGAUACUGUAAGUUUCUCCCCGUGACAACAUCGAAAACCAGUUGAAACAACCAAUCCGUUAAUAUAACAACAAAUUGAAGAAAAAAAAAGUCUUGCCAGAAAAAUCUAAUAGAAGCAUCUUGGACAAUAGCACUGGUGUCGUAUGUGGCCCAAAUAAUUGUUACCACGAGAAACUAAAAACUGCUGUGGGCUGGUGAGUGAGGAGGUGGGUUCAAGGGUGGUGGUGUGACAAUAUCGCUUAGGGCUGUGACAGGAUGGUUGUGCCCCCAAGAGAGAGGCGCACCACAGCUGGUUGGUGGGCUAUCGGCUUCAAUGUCCUGGCUUUUGUGUUUAUAGCCAUUGCCAUGUUCACCACUUAUUGGCUGCAAGCGGAAAACAAGGCAUAUGGCACCGACAUGGACAGAAUAGGCUUGUGGACGCAGUGCUUCCGUAGUUUUACUGUGGAUAAGGACGUGUAUCGAGAGAGGUUCUUCGUUGGGUGCCGCUGGCUCUUCGACCCCUUCACUACAGGCUAUGAAGACGUGCGGGAGAUGCUACAGACGCCGUUCUUUGUGACAGUGCAAGUGUUCUUCACCUUCUGCUUCACCCUGUCGCUGAUUGGAGCAGCACUUACAGGUAUCCUGGUUCUCUGCCCUGGUGAGGACUUUGAGAGGUCUGUUCUCAAGAUUGCCUACAUUGAUCUCUUCAUCUCCUGGGUGUUCGGGUUCCUGGCUGUCAUAAUCUUUGGAGUGAUGGGUGACAACAGAGACUGGAUGCCUCAUUGGGACCACAACCACCUCUCUUGGUCCUUUGGUCUAGCUGUUGUAGGUGUGGUAGCAGAGUUCGUGGCAGCAGUACUGUUCUGGGUGGAGUACCGUAUCCAGAAACGAAAAGAGUCUUACCGCCAAAGUCAUGGAGUCUUUACUCUUGAGGGAACCAAAGCAUAAAUUAUCUUUGACUACAUGCUCAAAAUAACCUAUUGAUUCCAGGAACCAGACUAAUGAAAAUCUCAGCAUUCUGUAAUACCUGAAGGCUUACAGUAUAAAUCUCAGAUUUAUGAAUGGGUGAUAGGUCCAUCAUGCCAUAAAUCUUGAUUCGCUCAUCAUUCUUAACCAGUCUAUGCUGUAAAAUAACGUCAUUUGACUUGACAUAUCUUUAACUUGUUCUAAAAACAAAGAUAUUACAUGACUGUAUUGCAUCACUGAUUUAGAAUGCAGUUGCCAAUUCAGACUUGUAAUGUGUUUGCCUUAAAAGUUAGUUACAGUGACAAGAAAAAAUCUUAAAUAGUUUAAGAGUUCAUAUUUGGAUUUUAUCUAACCCGUCUGAAACAGAAUACAGUAGAAACAAAAAAUUAAAUAUCAAAACAAAUUUAAGGUAAAUAGGAUUAGUACAAUACCAAUUUUCUGAAAAAUUACCAUGGGUCAUGUAGAUAUAUAAGUUAAAUAUAGCUUGAAUUGUAGAUACUGUACAGUAUCUGAAACCAAAGUAGAUUAAGUUAAGACAUGCAAAUAUAUACUUUGCAUAAUUUUUAAUAUACAGUACUGUAUCUAAAUACAGUAUUCUAAAUAUCUCCUUUAACAAGCAUUUUGAUCUUUACUGUAAUUUUUUUUUUUUUUUUUUUUUAAUCAAUCAUUAAAGUUAACUUAAUUAUUUUAAUUAAAUUCUUAAGUAUUCUACCAGUCCUGUACCGUGCAGUACUAACGAGGCAUUUUCAGUGUCGCAAAAUGCAUUUACCUACUUGGUGUACUGCACUUCUUGAAUCCACAAAAGAUAUAGGUAGUAUUUUAGUUUCUUUCUAAUUUUUAGAUCAUAAAUAUAUCUGGGUAUAUUACAGUCACUCAAAAAACUACCUCUACUUGGGGUUAUGGUAGGGUUGCCAAAAUCCCUUUUUUUGUCAAAUUUUAUAUUUUUUGUAUUUAUUUAUUUUUAUUUUAUUUAUUUUGUUUUU